AUGGAACCCCGCUCGGUUCUGGUGACGGGCUGCUCCACUGGGAUUGGUCUAGCUCUGGCCGUGCGCCUAGCCAAGGAUGAACACAGGAGGUUCAAAGUGUAUGCCACCAUGAGGAACCUGGGUAAGAGGCAUGCCCUGGAGAAGGCUGCUGGGGAGACCCUGAACGACACCCUGGAGAUUCGCCAGCUGGACGUCUGCAGUGAAGACUCCGUCAGGGAGUGUGUCAACGGCCUACCAGACAGACGGGUGGAUGUGCUGGUGAACAACGCGGGCGUGGGCAUGAUCGGGCCCCUGGAGUGCCAGAGCAUUGCCUCCAUGCGGGAGCUCUUCAACACCAACUUCCUGGGCCUGGCACGCCUGGUCAAGGAGAUCUUCCCCGACAUGAAGCGACGGCAGAGCGGACACAUCGUGGUCAUGAGCAGCGUCUUGGGCCUCCACGGUUUACUCUUCAAUGAAAUCUACUCUGCAUCUAAAUUUGCGGUGGAGGGAUUUUGUGAGAGUCUGGGUUUGCAAGCCCUGAAGUUUAAUGUUAGGGUUACACUGAUGGAGCCAGGCCCCGUGCUGACGGAGUUUGAGAGGAAGCUGUACGAGGAGGUGUCUCAGAUGGACAUGGCGGGGACGGACCAGGAGACAGCCAGGAUCUUCCAGGAGAUCUACCUGCCCUACUCCAUGCAGAUCUUCAGCGCCCUCGCACAGACUCCAGAGGAGAUAGCACAGCAAACCUUUGAGGUGAUCGUGUCCGAAGACCCUCCGUUCCGCCACCAGACCAACCGCCUGUACAUGCCCCUAACGGCCAUGAGGAAGGCGGACUCCAGCGCCUGGAUGUCUAACGCCGCCAUCUACCACUCCUGCUUCAACCUGGGCCCGCUCUUCUACGCCAGCAUGGGCCUGAUGAGGAUGGUGCGCUGGAUGGUGCCCAAUGGAAGAGGAGGGCUGUCAUACGAACCCAAGCAGCAACUGGGUGGAACUAAGAAAAGGGAGGAGAAAUUGCAGGAGUAAUUUUUUUCCCAUUGUGUAGCUUUUUUUAAGCAUGUUUUUUGGGGGCUUUUGGGGCCUUUCUUAUGACAGGAUGAGGAAUGAGCUGGAAAGGGAUAUAGGGUAGGGCUGGGAAAUGACACUGGCCGGACUCGAACCGGGGUCCCCAUGGGUAUGCAAGCCCAAAUGUGAGGGGCUUAGCGCGCUACGCCACUGUGUAGCUUUUUUGUUGUAGGCGAAUGUAGGCCAAUCCAUUUAUGUGCCCAUAAGUCAUGCUAAAUAUAAUCACUGCUUUAUGGUUUGUAGCCAAAAGCUGAAAAAAGUACUUUUAACAUUCAUUUUUGAGGCCCAUUGGUCCCACAGCCCAAUGGUCCCACAGCAUAUUACUGCUGCUCCAUGUUCCCACAUUUCUAAGAAUUUAUUCAAUUUUAGGCCCCAUGUUCCAUGGCAGGGAGAAAGACGCGUUCUCUUAUUUUACUCAGAAAUGUGGGAACAUGGAGUUGUGGAACAUAGGGCCUAUAUUUUAAUAAUUUCUUUUAAAAGGUGGGAACAUGUGCUGUGGGAACAUAGAGCUGACCCUGUGGAGAUUCUACUGAGUUUCACACAUUACACAUACAGUAUGCACUGUCUAUUUUUCAAUGAUAGUGGUACAGAACCAUUGA